AGCAGCAGCAGCAGCAGCAGCAGUACUCGCAGAAGCAGUAGCAGCACGAGCAGCUGAGUGUCUCAAUCGUGCAUUUACCCGCUGCUGCUGUCGGAAUUUCUGCAGUCAUUUAACAAUAAUUUGGUGUAUCGAUCUGCCUCGCGCGGCAUAGUGUCUCAGUCACGUUUUCGCCGUUGUUAUUGGUGUUGUUAUUGUUAAUAUUGUUAUUGCUAAUCAUUUAAAUGUUGAAAUUGUUAUUGUUUACAGCAGCUAGUCAAUAGCAGUAGUGGUAGUAGUUAAUAAUAGAAGUGGCGAUGCGAGUCGUAUUGUUAUACACGAUAUGUUAAUGGUGGAGACUGAAGGUAGAUCACUCGAUUUAUACAUCAGGACGGUAACUAAUCGAUAACUGUUCAGUGGAUUGUCGAUAUUGCAUAUGACGAAUCAUAGUGAAAGAAGUUUUUGCGGUAUUCGCCCUUGUCCUUUGGAAUAAUGUGAAAUGUGAACAAGUGAAUUUUUUUAUAACUCUGCAAACAUUCCCAGCAGUAUUCAAGAGGAAGGACUAACAUUAAGAUGUGGCCAACUGGUGGGAGGUUAGUAAAAGAGGACCAGAGUUCCACUGGCGGAUGAAGCUGAAAGGCGACUGAUCGUCAAGCAUAGAUUGACAUUCAAGCUAAAGUUAAUCUCAUGCUGAACGACAGAAGGUUUGAUGAUGAAACGGGUGCCGACCCAGAACGCAACGGAAAUGGAGUUCCUACUUCGAUUUAUACUCAGGUCCCUCAUCUUGAGUCAACGAUGGACUCUUUCACAUAUGACCCAUCGCUUGUCACGGUUGGAAACAUGUCGAACCUUGGGAACCUUGGUAGCCUGGGCAAUAAAGAAGUUCGUUAUGCUUCAUUCUCAACAGUUCCAGCUUCGCUACCAUCGAUGCUUCCGCCACCGUUGCCACCACCCCCACCACCUCUUCCUCUUCACAUGCAACAACGCAUUUACUCGCGUUCCAUGACAUCCUUACCACCGGAGCCUUUCAUGCUGAUGCGUUCAAAAGCUUUGAACAGAAGAGUCUGCAUUAAUGUCGGUGGUGUUAAACACGAAGUUCUUUGGCGUACUCUGGAAAGACUGCCUCACACUCGUCUCGGACGUCUCCGAGACUGCAAUACCCACGAAGCAAUAACUGAGCUUUGUGACGAUUACUCGCUUAUAGACAACGAAUUUUUUUUCGAUCGACAUCCCAAGUCGUUUAGCUCAAUAUUAAAUUUCUACAGGACUGGGAAACUCCAUUUAGUUGACGAGAUGUGCGUUCUAGCAUUCAGCGAUGACUUAGAGUACUGGGGUAUCGACGAGCUUUAUCUCGAAAGCUGCUGCCAGCACAAAUACCACCAACGGAAGGAGCACGUUCACGAGGAAAUGAGAAAGGAGGCCGAGUCUCUUCGGCAACGAGAGGAGGAGGAAUUCGGGGAAGGAAAAUGUGCGCAAUAUCAAAAAUGUCUCUGGGAUCUUCUCGAAAAACCAACAACCUCUAUAGCUGCCAGGGUGAUAGCUGUGAUAUCAAUACUCUUUAUUGUGCUAUCAACCAUCGCAUUAACUCUCAACACCAUUCCUAGUAUGCAAGUGAAUGACGAAAAAGGAAACUUUCAAGACAAUCCACAACUUGCAAUGGUGGAAGCGGUUUGCAUCACUUGGUUUACACUUGAGUAUGUACUUAGGUUCAGUGCCUCCCCUGACAAGUGGAAGUUCUUUAAGGGAGGCCUAAACGUAAUAGACCUUCUCGCAAUACUUCCUUACUUCGUGUCUCUAUUCCUCGUCGAAACAAACAAGAACGCAACGGACCAAUUCCAGGAUGUGCGUCGUGUAGUUCAGAUAUUUCGUAUAAUGCGCAUUUUGAGGAUACUGAAGCUUGCACGCCAUUCAACCGGGCUCCAAAGCUUGGGCUUUACGUUACGUAAUUCAUACAAAGAGCUCGGCCUGUUGAUGCUAUUUCUUGCAAUGGGCGUCUUGAUAUUCUCAAGUCUCGCUUAUUUUGCCGAAAAGGAAGAACCUGGAACUAAAUUCAUAAGCAUUCCCGAGACAUUUUGGUGGGCAGGAAUCACCAUGACAACCGUAGGCUAUGGAGAUAUUUACCCAACUACUCCCCUCGGCAAAGUGAUUGGAAGUGUAUGUUGUAUAUGUGGUGUCCUGGUAAUUGCGUUACCCAUUCCAAUUAUCGUCAAUAAUUUUGCCGAGUUCUACAAGAAUCAGAUGAGGCGCGAAAAAGCACUGAAGCGCCGAGAGGCUUUGGAAAGGGCGAAGCGAGAAGGAAGCAUUGUUUCCUUCCACCACAUCAACCUGAGGGACGCCUUCGCUAAGAGUAUAGAUCUCAUCGACGUCAUCGCUGACACGGGUCAGAACAUGUCGGGAAUAGAUGGAAACAGCACGGAGGGUGAAUCCGCGUGUGGUCGAGGCCCUGCGCAGACUGGUGCGGGAUGCUACCGUAACUACGAGCAUUGCAGCAUAUCUACUCAUCGCCGAAGCGCCUCAACGUGCUUGCCAACAUUGCCGAAUGAUCUGUCAACCCCGGAGAGUCCGAACCAUCGUCUGCUUGACUUUGCCACCAGUUCAUCACCUAAUAGGAACGAUCACUAUUUCCAAGAUGAUAUUCCAAUCCAGCCAUCAACUCAAGGGAAUACCACUCCUAGUGAUGAAGAGAAGAAGGAUUCCAGAAAAUUUGACAAAAUUGAAGAACUGCCUAGUGAAUUCGAAUGCUGUUUCUGUACUACUAAGGCGUAUAAGGAUUUUAGAGAUGCUGAGAAUCUCAUGCCUUUGGCUACAAGUGAUUUCCGGAAUCCAGUUUGCCAGGAACUGAGAGCUCUGCGCGACAGCAAUGCAGAAUCAAACAGUUUCGGAUACAAUCAGAAUUCACCAAAUCAAGACAAUUACUCGAAUUCAUGUUUUAAAAAUAAUAACGAGUCAUGCAGCGCGGACAGCACGGAUACCUUUGCCAGUUGCCACACACAUUUUUUCAAUUCUCAAGGUGACCUCACGGAGGAAGGUGAUAGUAACUUGUACAUAAACCCAUUGGAAAGUACAGACAAGUGCAACAGCUGUCAUCGUCAACAGUCCACUUCAACGAACACGACGAAGUCUACGACAACAGGCGUUCUGCUACACAUAUCCAAUGUACAAUCUUCCGAGCAGCCCGCGCAGACAUUAAAUCCACCGAAUGAAGAUGGCAAAGAAAAUUUCAGCGAUACCUCUGUACCUAAGCAUAAGAAAACUCGGAUUCAACAAAGCGGAAAGCAACGCACCCAUUUUGGCGUUAAUCCUGAUUCUUUAUCGAGUAUUGUUGGAGUCUCGACGGAAAAUACUAUCACAGGAGAUAACAAUAACCAAUACGGACUGAUCGACAGCCUCAAAAAUGGCAUCCUGACACCAGCAGAUUACUUUGCCUCUCCAUCCCGAGUGAUUAACCAUCAUUUGUUUGGAAAUGUUGGUGGCUUGAAACAUUCCUACUCUGGGAAAUCUAUUGGAAGUAAGCUGUCCUUAUCCAGCAACUCGAUAGAUAGUGAAACAAUGCCGUUUUUAGACCGGCACCGUGUUUCCAAAUCAAUUCUAAAAAAAUCAGAUAUCAGCAAUGUUCGAUACAACAACGGCUGGGACUCAGAUAAGGAAAAACUGAUAUCAGAAAAUACGUCUGCUACCAGCGUGUAUGACAGCGAAGGUGAUAUUCGGACAGAUUCGUUACUGAUAAAAGGUCCAGUCCUCAAGCUGUCGCAGUCAUCUGAACAACAAUCUUCUGGGAUAAUUUUCCAGACGAAGAAUGAAAGCAAUCGAAACGACGUUUCAGAUCAUAUCAGUACAAAAAACUUUACACCUGCAUUAUCGAAAACUCUUUUUGACUCACAUAAAGAUGCACGAGACGAAAUGGUCACAGACAACAAAGUCAAAGAGUGUAACGACGAUAGUGCACAAGAGGAUUACAAAAAGAGCGAAAGUGCGACAGGGAAAAGUCAACACAAUACUCUGCUGAUUUGUCCGCCGCAGUCAAACGAUGAAAAUAUUAGGGAAAAUAGCAUCCAUCGUGAAAGGAAGAAGCCAACACCGAAUAAACCGAACACGAAUCAAACCACCGCUAUUCGUUUGAACACAAAUUCAAACUGUUGUAGCUUCGCUACGUAGCAGAGAAGUCGUUACGUGUAUAUGUAAUAAAGAAUGGAAUUAAUCUACAAGGGAGACUGGAAGUUCUGAUAUCUCCUUAAGGCAAGACCCUAGUGAAAUUUGAAAAUUCGACUUUCUAACAUUUUGGAUGGGUAAAUCCGGAGCACUUUGGUAAAAUAUGGUUGUGGCGUCAGUAGCUAUUAUUAUUAUUAUUAUUAUCUUCAAAAAUUCAGAAUAAAAGUCAAGUAAAAGUAAAAGAGAGAAAUGCAAAUGAUUUUCGCAUGGUUGUAAAUUUAUAGUAAGAUAACUUGGAACAAGAUCAAGAUUACUAUAUAUAUUGUUUUACACGAAACUGUCCACACAUAGUAAGAUUAACUAGGUAUCCUUGACAGGUCAACUGUGACAUCAUCAUCGUAUGAGACGUAUAAAUGUAAUUCCAUUAUCCACAACUUCACAGUUGCAGUAUCAAGUGUGUGCAGGUACUCAUAAUUAUUCAUUAGUGAAUUCGUGUAUAAAUAAUCCCAGUAACAUUCAAAGCUACACUGCAAUAAAUCAUAAUAAUAACAAUAUUACUGACAUAAUUAAAGAGCUUCAUAUAAGAGGGUUGUGAAUAAUUGAGAAUCAACCGUAUAGUUUUAAUGAUUUGUUUGAUUUCCAGUCCCCGUGAAACUUUAUCAUUCAAAGAAAUCACCAAAUCCAUAGAUAUCAAAAAAUCUCGACACCUUUCUUUCGAAGCCUGUAUCUCAGAAACUACUGAUUUUUGGGAAUUGUGUCCAUGAGAACUUUUGAUUGGGAGGAUAUGUCCUAUAACAUACUGAAAAUCCAGCCAAUUCGACCGGGAUCCAAUUUGCGUAAGGAUUCUGCGGGGUCUUUUAUCGUUCGACGGACCAUCCGUUGGCACCUAGUUGCCUCUAAAAUAUACAAAUCCUAACCACACCGACGCAACGCAACGAAUGCAUACAAAGGACAGAUCACACCCAUGACGGACGAACCAACACCGAGACUAAUCCUUUUGUCGUUCCGGCAUCGUCCACUGCCGCAGGACAUCGGUAUAAAUAGGAAAGCCUCGGACACGGCCGGCAGAUACAAACGUAAUUGGGUUUUCGUAAAACAUGUUCUCUGAAAAACCAACAUAUCAUAUAAUACUAAGUAUAUGAUAUUUGAAAAAAACGAACUAUACUUACUUUAACAAAUAAUACCAUGUUCACAAAAAUUGAGUUAUGUUCAAAGGACAGGCAUCUAAAUUACGUAGAACCCGUUGUAAAACAACCAAGAAUUUAAAACAAUAAAAACCUUUGAACCUUGAACGGCGUGCAGUAGUAGGAUGGCAUAGCGCCUUUUCGACUCAUUUCACGUCGUUAAACUAUAUAAAGCUCAUCCUGAAUCUGCAGCCUAAUUUAGCUUAAUUUAUACAUAGGCGAACCCCCUUUUCGAAGUAACAAUAAAAAUAAUAAAAAGGGAGUAAUGCAUACACGGAGAGACAUUUUAUAGAAAGAUUUAUUAAAAUCACGACCAGAUUUUACUAUUCUUUCUCACAGUCUGGGGACAUAUCGGCAUUUUAUCAUAAACUCCUAUGUUGCGUGGUAAUUCUCAAGGUUACCAAUUGUUAUAGGAAUCUAACCUACAAAACUUUUCAUUUCUAUAUGUAUAUAUAUUAUGGGGAUUACACAGCAGAUAUUAUAUUUACAUCACAUUUGAUAAUUAGAGGGUUACGUCAGCCCCCUGACACACGCUGCUAAAAGUGGUUCGCAAAAUUUCCCUCGAUUCUGCCGCCAAUCUCCACCACUAGUGGCGCUAGUAGUUGUCUGACAAGCUUGCGCGCGGUCAGCGAGGGCAGCGAGCGUGUCAGAAGUCUACUAGCGCCACGUAGAGGAACUGAAAAACGGGGACAAAACGCGUACAAUUUUUUAGUAUACGAGCAGUGGUGAGUGUCAGGGGGCUGGGUUACGUAAUCAGUUCUUCGGCUCACUGAACUUAACCUUACGUAUUCUAGUUACAUAUUCAUGUUAUAAAUGUGGUUAGGUAUUACCUGAUGAUAACUUGCAGCGCUAGCGAGAAUCCAUGUAUCAGUCUGUAUCGGCGCAGGCGAAGUGAACCCCGCGAAAUUUAAAUCUCAUAAAAAAAACAAUGGUUGUCACGGAUUAAGCUGCGAUGCUCGGCGAUUAUCGGAUGUACUUGAAAAUUUUCGGCGAUGAAUUUGCUAUUCUCGCUGGGAAUCUUUGUAAUACAAGUUCUCGACUUGUAUUAUAUUUUGAUGCAGUCAGUCCAAGAUGUAUUACAUAUACCGUUGAAGAAUAUUCUUCAGUCAACGCAUCUACUCUACAUUCCUGUUUGGUAUGGGAAAUUCACCAGUAUUUUACCGAAGAAGUAUUAAAUUGCGGGUUCAUUAUUCCCAUUUCUUCAGUAUCACUUAAUAAUACGGGUACUUCCUUCUACUACUUUCAUUUUCACUAUUUACGGAUUACAAACAUUAGCGCUCGUUCAUUACAUGUUGCUCUGGUCGACUAGUAAAACGACGUAUUCGGAUACAAGCUUUUCCUUUCACCAUAAGAAAUAUUGCAAAAAAUGCUGAUAUAUCCCUAAAAUUCCAGUAAGUACAGGACUUGAAUCAAUUGGUCUCUCCGUGUAAUGAUGAAUAAUUUGGUAGAAAAUUUAACGUCGUAUAAGAAUUUAGCAGCGUAAUUGAAAAAUUACGUAUUUUAUGAUUUGCUUUAUCAAUUUUUUUCUCCUUAUGUUCUUACAUGUGCAUGCGGCACCCCUGUUGCCACAACUUUGUAAAUAUCUGAAUAACUUUUGUUUUGAUUAUUUAUAGCUUUACACUAGCUUGCUUGUUUAUUUGCUAACAUUUUGUGAAUUGCAUUAGAAUCAAACAAUUGAGCAGGGAGCAGCAACGGACUACAUCUCGCGUUUGCAAGGCAGGAAGUAAAAUCAAGAACUAGACACUUUACGGGUAUAAAAAGCCACUAUUAGCGGAGGGACUACGGCAACAUUUUGAUAAUCUACGUCCGUGAACGUAGUGUUAAGCCCAGAGCACAGGAAAUGCAGUAAGCCCUGUGCCGUUACACACACAAGCCGGAGACGCGCUGUCCGUACACCACUACAUCGCUGUGAUUAGCUGGCGGCUGCUAGCGCUAUGUAUUGGUGCACGAACAGCGCGUUCCCAGCUCAUCUGUCCGACGCCGCGACGGUACACAACUUACUGCAUUUCAUGCGCUCUAGCCUUAGCUUGGCGACGCGACGGUCACGGCAAGUCAAAACUCAUUUUCUGGACAGCAGCGGCGUAACCGCCUUCGUCUGCUUAGAGACACGGACUACAAGCCAAUACACCCGAAUCUGCACAAGGUAGCAACGGAGUGACAUCCCGCGUCAACUAUAAUACAGAUAAACAAAGACGAGAACUUUUGACAGACAAUAGUAUAUUGUGUAACAAGGAGACAAACUUGAUCUUUUCGGGCCGAACUAUGGUUUACAAUAUGAGUCGUAAGUGGCUAAAGACAAAUAUUGCAAAUACGCGAGGCGAAAAGACCGUUUCUUCUUUGUUGCACACGAUUCUUUACAAAACAAGAGCACGGUUUUACAUACAGGUCUGGAAACUCGCUCAAAAUUUCAGUGGUAAGGGUGUCCUCUUAUUGAAGCACCGGCCGUUCCGCCUAGUGAUCACGAGUGUCGUUGCUAUUGAGGGAUUCAGGAUGUGUGGGAGAGACGGAAACAGAUUUCAAAACCACGGACCAUGGAGACUAGAGUACAGGAGUCCGAUCUCCAUUGGGAAACAUACGAAAAAAUCGUCCUCGAAAAUUUGUCGUUUAGUAGUUCUAGAUUUGAUCCAAAGCAUCGCUGUCAUCGUAAAGUUCCGAAGUGAAGUUGGUAACAAUUGACUAUAUAUGUGUAUAUAAACAUCGAUCGUGACCAAAAUGAAAUUGCCCCUUAACUGAAAGGGAAUAUUCUUGGGUCUGGUCUCCCCACCACUCGUCGGAUCCUUGCGAUAUCAGGGGCGUUCAGCGUCAGCCAGCGCAAGACUUAUUGUACGGAUUUUUGAUGCUAGAUCAAACGUACGAAGCAUGGAGACCAGAGAUAGGAGCCCGAACUGCUAUGCUAAAUGGAAAGUGAAAUACGUCAUUAAAAAUUAGUCGCUGGAUGGCGCUGGAGGGCUCAAAAGGCUUCAGUCGAGUGCUCGUCUCUGGCGUCGUCCCGGCCGCCGGCGUCGUCUAAAUUCUCGCCGCCAUAUUGCUUGUGUAUACUUUAUAUACCUAGUCUCCAUGGUUUCCCCCUUGGUUCCCCCCUCAUGGCUUUGUGAAUUGUGCCUCGUCGCGGUCCGCUCCCAUCUCAUACCUGCUCGAACUGGAACCGUUUGAGCCUACUAGCGCCGCCUCGUGACUAUACAUUUAUGUUCACUCAACUAAACCGCAGUUCGUGUUCCUGUCUCUAGUCUCCAUGGUACGAAGACCGGACUCCUGUACUCUAGUCUCCAUGCCACGGACGGUCAACAAUCUGUUUCCAUCUCUCUCGCACAGCCUGAAUCCCUCUAUCGCAGCGACACUCGUGGUCACUAGGCGAAACGGCCGGUGCUUCAAUAAGAGUUUCCAGACCUGUAUGUAAGACCGUGAACAAGAGUAUGUCACGGGUUUUUUCACGAAGCACAAAAUUGAGGUUACGGUCACACAAUGUCAGAUUUGUUCGCGACAACGCAUGCGCGCAGUAGAGUAAGACCACUUUUAACUCCUAAGACUUAAAAGUGGUCAUAUCUACGUAUUGUCGAUAUAACCUGUGACUUUUUUCUUUACAGACAUCACUCAAAUAAAACCUGAAAAAUCAUUUGAAUUUCUGAAAAGUCUAUGAAAUACCCCAGUUUCACCAGGGUCCUCCCUUGAGGAACGAUAUUGUCCAUGUUUACUAACAGGAAUGAUUUCUUCGAAAUUCGGCGAAAGAGAUCUGCUGAACCAAUUGUCCUUUCGUCAUUUGAUAAUUUAUAUGGAAUAGACGCAAAGUGGCACACGAAAUUCGCCAAAUCUGCAAAAAUUAUUUUUUCAUCCACCGCAAACAGUAGCCAUGUGACUCGUUUUAACUAUUAUCAAAGUUACACCCCAUUGAUGUUAAAUAAACGUUUAACAGUCGUGUCCCGCAAAGAAUUUCAAAUAGAGCCGACUGAAAAUAUCUUAGUUUUAUGCUAAAGUAACAUCGAAAUGUGAAAAAUUGCAAUUCAUGAAAAUAGGUGAUUGCGUAUAGCUCAGAAACCGUGCUAAUCGGCGGUUCCCGCAUACUUGACAGAGCGUUCAGUGCGUGAAUCACUGAAAUAUGCCCUAACUGGUACGCAACAAGCCAUUUGAGUUAUCCCCCCCCCCCCCCCCAAUCUCAAUCUACAGUAAACUACAAAAAUAAAUGUAACUUGUCGCAAAUCCACCGGAUUAAAAGUAUAUUAGAUCAGAAUAAGCCUCAUAAUACGUCCAAGAAAACAUAGAAUACGAGUAUCAAUUGAACAUCCAUUUGGAAUACUCACCUUCGAUAUUUAAUGAAUCAAUUUACACCAAAGAAGUAUGAAGUAGGUAUAUUUACACUUAUACCAAAUGAACAUCCGAAACAGAGCCAAUAUUUACAGUUAUAUAUCGAUCAUACGUAAAUUUUACAAAUCUGGUGAAAAUUACAUUAUUUUGUAGUUAUUCUAGUUACAAAUUUUAAAACGACUUAUAGUGAUACGUUCACUCAACAGUUGAAUCUUUCACAUUUCACGUUUCCUUUUUUUUCUAUUGAAAAUUCAUAGGAAAUAAAAUUAAAACUUAAGUAAAAUAUUUGAGACAGAAAAUUGUUCUAAUACUAUCUACUUUUAAAGCAAUUUUCACCGAUUCCCACGAAACUAUUUCAAUAAUCAAUUGAAUUUCCCGCGACAUUUGACAAAUUGAAAACAAGCAGCAUGACCGCCUCGUAGCUUCAAUCCUUCACAAGAAAAUAACUCGGGAUACCGCAUCCUGUUAGUAUAGAUAUCAGUGGCGGAAGCCAGUGCUGCUUUGCGUAGUGCUGUCCAGCCGUAGUAGAGCUCACAAACAUGGAGUGAACAUACCGGCGUUUUCCUUUAAUCCUUUAAGCCCUAGAUUACACUAAAGAUUUAUCGUAGACAAGAUUACCAAAAUACUGGUAAAAAGUGAUAUUGCACUCCAUUUGUUUGAUAUCAAUUUUUUCUGCAUCUAUUUUUCACACGGAACACUAUAAUUUUCUGAACAAAUUUUUUUCAACACGGUGUCCUGGGUAGACACUGCGCUAUCGGUGUCUCAAACACGCGUUUUCAAUAUCUUUUAAGGCCAUCAUUCAAGUACACUUCGAAAAAGCGAUCAGGUCAGACACUGCGUACAAAGUACCUGAUACUCGCAUUUUGGGGUCCGGGGUCACUUAUCGAUUUUAUACGGACUUUGAAAAUGCUAUAAGAGAAAAAUAUUGAACUUGUGCUCCGGUACUAUGACGAAAUAUCCAGUACAAAAUGAGGUCAUCUAAUUGGAGAACGAUGAAAAAGGCGUAUUUGAAUCCAUUAAUGUACUACGUAUCAACCAUAUCUCCAGGAAUGUUCGGUAGGUUGUGAAUUUACAGUUAAUGGUGUACAAAUCGACUGUAAAUUGAAUUGUCGUCAAGAAAAGUAGUCAAGCGAAACUGCGAAGUUUCGAUACUUACCAGAAUUUUUGAUUCCAUUACAUUCACUGUGACGUGACGUGUUUUAUAGGAUGUUUAAUUUUCGUUUUGGGUUUGUCUUGAUCUGGAUAUUUUUCAGAGCAUUCUUUGACGUAUGGUUGGCACAGCUUCGACUUUUGGUUUAUUGACAGUUACUACCAUACCUCAGGCGAACUUGCCGACGUCCUGACAACUCCAAGUCAAGUUUCCAGUUAACCACAUUAUACCACUUUAAUUUUGUUAACCCAUAGUCGACAUUCGAAUAAGUGGGCUAUCUGGGUAGGCUUUGAUAAUAGUAAGAAUAAAUCACUUGGCUACGGGAUGUACAAAAAGUAAAUUAUUCCCAAUAUCGGUGAAUAUCACAGGCUAGCGCGAACCUAUUCUCCGUAAAUCAUCAAAUUCCAUAGGAUAAAUUGAUUCAUUAACAUCAUUUCGGAAUAAUUCUUGAAAAAAAAAUUGUUUCGUAUAAUUUAGCUAUCGCAUCCCAGUAAGCUGUUUUAACCCUAGUCACAUACACCUAUGGAAAUUUUCACGUUGCUUACACAGGGUCACUCAGACCCAGCCAACUUUGGAACGUUAUUACCUUAGAAAACAUUACGGUAUGCACAGUUACAACUCGAAGAAAAUUCUGAGACUACAUGUAAUAACUCAAAAAUAGACUACAAUGUUAUUUAUAGCAAAAAAACGCGAUCGAGGAUGUGGCAGAAAUUCUUCAAGGAAAAAGAAGUGAAAAAAUACGCAAUACAGUAGAACCUCGUUUAUCUGAGGUCAUAUGAGGAGAGUAUACCUCGGAUGAGUGAAAUCUCAGAUAAUACGGAAAACAUAUACAAUCCAAGCGAUUACGACGUUUUACCCUUGACUCCAAAAUCGGAACUGUGGCGUUGAUAACUCGCAAACAUCGCAAGAAACUUUUACAAAUUUAUGCAUAUUCUAAGAUUCUAACGCAGAGUUCUCGGAUGAGAUGGGCGUCUCGGAUUAUACGGAAACUCGGUUAAUCGAAGGUCUUAUAAGCAAGAUUCUACUGUACAUGCCAGGGAUCUCUAAGACCCCAUUUUUUAAAUAACUUUUUAUAUUACUUGCACAAACAACCCUGAUUCAAGCGUGCUAACUUUAAAAUUAUACGUUAAAAUCGGUGUUGGGGCCAACUAGACCUCAUAUAUGACUAGGGUUAAACACGGAGUCACUUAACCGAUUUAAGAGUCUUUAUGAGAUUCGAUAUCAUUUCACCAUAAAACAUCGGUUGAGCUGAAAUUUUUGGUGAAGGUCAUUCAAAUUUUAAGGAGUGCGCUCUGGUCAGCCAGCGCCAAUGAAUUAUCACAUGAAUUAAAAACCUAUUAAAUUGCGAAAUAUAACCUGAAAUCUCGUCUCGGUACGAAGUAAAUAGAUUAAGAACCUGUCCGAUAUUUAUCCAGUCCAUGCUGAACAGAGCAUACUUUUUGACAAUAGCACAAUCAUUCUGCAAGCAAUUCCAAACUGAUUUGAAGAUUUGAGGAAAAAUUAAACCGAUUCUCAUGAGUACUCUUAAAUCAGUCAAGUAACCCGUUGCUCAGAAGCCUUAACAAUUGGCUUACGUAAUUUGUAAACUUUUAACUAAAGAUAGAGCAGGGACAUAUGGUUGAAAUUUUACAGGUUAGUUUUACGUUUGGAAUUUUGGCAGAUUUAUCAUGUAUGUAAAUAGGUAGGGUAUAUGUAUAGUUCUAAGAGGCAGGCUGUUCAAAUUUUACACCAAUCGCGUGUUGGGUGCGGACACAGUGUUGAAUUUGACUUCAGUUAUUCUUUCACGCUCUUGCACACUGUUCUAAAGUAUUGGCUAAGGAAUAAAUAAAUAUCGCAGAGUUUAAUAUCAUUGGGCAUUCAAAACUAAUCAGUAAAUCAAUCUGAAAAAAUAUAGUUGAAUAUACAAAUAUGACAUACAGGGUGGUCCAUUUUAAUUGCCAUAGGUGAAUAUCUCAUAAACCAGAUGAGAUUAUUUGUUUAUUUAAAAGUCCGUAUACUGUUUUGUAUCAUAUGGCACUAGCUAUUUAAAAUACGACUUUUUUGCAAUAAUAUAUUGUAAGUAAGGCAGCCGUUUCGGAAACUUUUCUCGCAGGAUAUCCUCCAAACAUGUGCCGGCCGGGCACUCGCUCAGCGCAUUAGCGGUUUCGAUUUUUAUACGUAAGCAAAGUGUCGAAAUAAAGUUAUUAUUAUUAAGCGAUUUUAACCAUUUUUGAAGAAGAGCGGUCUUCCGCUAAACUAAACGAAUACAUAUGUUGAAGGAUAAUUCAAUUGGACCGAUAUUUUAGGUAUGAAGCUAGCCCUUCUAAAUCCCAAUUGGACUGAUGCACCGCCUUAAAACAUUAUCUUCUCCCGUCGAAACCCUCCAAAUUGUGCAUAAAACUGUUGUUUCUACCAGUCUUUGGGAUAUUUGCCAAGGGUGGUAAUUAAAAUAGGCUAGCCACCCACAUGUUUCACAGCAUUCUUGUAUAGAUGAGUAGAAGAAAUUUUCAAUAAUUUCGCUAGCAAUAGUUGCGUAUAUUGUUAGUUGUGAUUCUACUGAAAAUUGUUCAAUAAAACGUUAAAAACCAUGAGAAUAAUUUCAAUAUA